UUGCUUAACACUAAAUGCGAUCUCUUCUCAAAAUCAUCGAAUAUCGCAUUUCUUGUAGAUGAAAGAGCCGCCCGUUUUCCCGUACUAUUUAACUAUAAACUAGAAGCUCCACUGAGAAACCGUAGAACAAGAACGAAAGUGGGGAAAAUGCUAACCCUUUUAUUAUCGUCCUUCUUCCUUUCUUCUUUCAUCGGAUUUUCCUACCUGUUUCUUAAAGCCGAUGGGGAUUUCACGUUAUUGUCCAAGAAAGACGUAAAGCGCGAAGAAAUUGAGGAUAAGGUAAUUUGGAUUACCGGGGCAAGCCGAGGGAUUGGGGAAGUGCUUGCUAAACAACUUGCAAAUCUAGGAGCAAAGCUUAUUAUCUCAGCCCGAAAUGAAGCUGACCUACAGCGCGUCAAGAAUCAGCUCACUGGAAAGCAUGCUCCACAUGACGUGAUGAUUUUACCUCUGGACGUGACUUUGGGGGAAGAUUAUCUUAGAGAGGCUGUAGAGAAAGCAGAAUCCUUUUUUGGGGGUUCGGGUGUGGAUUAUAUGUUCCACAAUGCAGCCUUUGAGCGUCCUAAAACAACAGCUCUAGAUGUGACAGAGGACAGCCUCAAGGCUACAUUUGAUGUAAAUGUUAUGGGGCCAAUAUCUCUUACGCGACUCCUGGCACCUUGCAUGCUGAAGCGGGGGAGAGGACAUUUUGUUGUGAUGAGCAGUGCUGCAGGAAAAGCACCUGCACCAGGUCAAGCUGUCUACUCUGCUUCCAAAUUUGCUGUAAAUGGGUACUUUCAUACGUUGCGAUCUGAGCUUUGCCGAAAAGGAAUCAAGGUGACUAUUGUUUGUCCAGGGCCUGUAGCGACGUCUACCAGCUCCGGUGCAAGCAUCUCAGAACAGAAGGGUUCUUCUGAGAAACGCGUAUCAUCAGAGAGAUGUGCAGAAUUGACUAUAAUCGCUGCAAGUCAUGGUCUGAAGGAAGCUUGGAUAUCAUAUCAGCCUGUGCUUCUUGUUAUGUACUUGGUACAGUAUACACCAACGGUUGGAUAUUGGCUAAUGGAUAAGAUUGGGGAAAAGCGAGUAGAAGCUGCAGCUCAGAAGGGGAACACAUACUCAAUGGGUUUGCUCUUUGGACAAAAGAAGGAAUAAUGAGGUUGAUAGAUGAAUAAAACGAAUGGAAAGCGAGCUGAAUGAGAGUCCAGCCGACACUAACCACACCACAUGAAGAGAUUACAGGUCUCAAUAUUUGUUCUUUUUAUCUUUAUGGUGAUAUUUAACGUGUUUGAUCAUCUCUCUCACACGUUGAGUAAAACUCUUCCUCGUAAAGACAAUGUCAUCAAACUUAUAAAAGAUUGUAACAAAAUUUGUGGUAUGGUGGGUUAUUGUGUCUCACUUUAUGUUUGAGAUUUCGAUACAUGCCAUUUUCCUUUGAA